AUGGAGCAGAUCUUCUCACCAUCCAUCUUCAUCCAAUUGGCCACAAGCGUUGUUGCUAUUUGCGUCUCAACAUUCUUGAUCACCGUCGUAAAAAUUGACAAAGGUCAAUUAUAUCAGUUGACUUCUUACUGCCUCGGACACGUUCUGCAACUGUUCAUGAUUUGCGCUGCAGGAAAUGAACUUACCUAUCAGAGCAAAUCUAUGGCCACCAACGUUUACAACAAUGAUUGGUAUUUGAAGACGGAAACGGAUAUUAGGAAAUCGCUAAUAAUGAUGUUGCGUAGGUGCCAAAGGGGCAGCAAAAUGACAGCCUUAGGUAUAUUCGAUCUAAGCUACGAAACGUUCGGCAAGGUAAUGCAGUUAUCCUUUUCAAUGUACACUCUGCUAUCAAAUAUCGAGGAGAGGAAGAUGUAGUUUACCCAAACGUCACAUAUUGAUUAUAUAAUUCGGCUACCACUCCAUAGACUGCGAACGCUUUCACUUCUUCGGCACUU